CCCAUCAUGGCGGUGUGACGAAGAAGUUGUUGUGAUACGUGUUACAUAGCUCGACCGAUUUUCUGCCAAUAUUUAUCUCAAAAAGCCAACUUCAUAAUGGAAACACCAGCUAUAUCAACUCCAGUAUUCUCAAAUGAUGUGACUGCAUCUGGACAGGUUCUGUCAGCAUCCAAAGAAUUCCUGUAUCUGGCAUCAAAAAAGAUGUUUGACAUAUUUCUGGUGGAGAUGUAUAAAUGUAAGCUGUGUACUGUUAGUUUUAGUAGUGUUAUGCGUGAUAGCAUCAUCAAUCAUUUCAAAACUAAACACCAGGAAGUGUGGGAUUCUGCUGUAGGCUCUGAUGAGCAAGUCAUCAACAUUUCACUUUUAACUCUCAAAAAGGCUAGCAUUGGAAGUAACAAUAUCAAUAAGUCAUCAUCUUUCAGUGAUGAGCUACAAGAACCAACACCAGUUACUGGAAAGUUACCAUUGCAUGAGAGUUCUACAAAGGACAAUUCACCAAAUGCAUCCACAGAUGGGAAAAGAAAGAGGAAGACCAGCUGUCCAAAGAAACAUAUCGAUCCAAAUAAAGUGCAGGUUGUGGAAGAGUUAACUGGUGGUCGAUGGCUGAGGGACUGGAAAGUAACCAAAACAAUAAAACUUGAAAAUACUUUUGAUGGCAGUGAUGAUGAAGAUUAUGACAAAGGAUGUGUAAGUGACAUCAAAACAGAUAUACCAUUUCUGCAAACCAUACCUACACAAGGCACAAAUAUUGUUCAAAGUUGCAGUGAAAACAGACUACAACAGCAUCAUCGAGCCACGGAAGAAAAAUGUGCAGGUCCAGCAAGUCCCCUCUGGGAUAAAAUGUCAAUGCGAUUUUUCUGUAAGUCUUGCAAUGUGAAAUUCGCUGACCAACUUGGUAUGACGAAACACAUCACAGAUGUGCACCAAAGUGGUAUGUUUCAGUGUCCUUUCUGCGAGAAGUUGAUUGCCUUUGCUGAUCAGCUUGAGCGACACUCGUAUAAAUGCAAACUAAAGAAAAAGAAGCUAGAAAAAGAGCAGAAACAAUUGCAGAAGACAACUGAAACGCAUAAAUGCCCUAAAACUUGUAAGGAUAAGUCUGCGUUGAGGGAUCAUGUAACUGUAAAUGCUGCAUCUAGAAACUUUAUUUGUGAGGUAUGCGGCAAAGACUAUAAAAACCAGAGAAGUUUACUCAAACACCGAGAAGUUCACAGAGGAAAAAUGUUCUCGUGCCAAGAGUGCAACUACAAAGCUCCCAUCAAAAGUUACAUAGAAGUGCAUGUUAGACGUAGCCACACACAAAAGCCAGUUUAUAAAUGCGAUUUGUGUAACUUUCAAACAUUAUUUAAACAGAACUUUGAUAAACAUAUCACUGUGACUCACUCCAGUGAAAGGAGGUUUAUGUGCGAUAAAUGCCCUCGGGUUUACAAAGAUAAAAGUCACCUGAUGCAACAUAUGCACUGCCAUGAUGGCAAGGAACAUAAAUGUCCACAGUGCAACUAUGUAGGAACAACUGCAUUGAGACUCAAGGCUCAUGAGAAAAUUCACUUGCCAAAAGAAAUGUGGAGAAAAAAAUGCCCAUACUGCAACUGGAGAGGAACUCUUAAGAGCGCCCUCAUAAGACACAUGCGAAACCACACUGGUGAGAGACCAUUCAAAUGUGAAGACUGUGGACUUGGAUACAUUGAAAAAUAUGGACUUACAAAGCACAUACGGAAUAAACAUCCAGGAACAUAUAUUCCCAAUAUCACAAAUGGAUCUCAAGUAGAAGUUGAGCAGACAAUAUCCAAGCGUGAAACAUGUACCGAUUUUCCUCAAAAUGUGGUGCAGUGCUAUGAUGGAAUUUGAUGUGAUAUAUAUUUCUCCUGGAAAAAACACUAUGUGCUAUAAAAUUUCACAUAGCCUUUUAUUUUUGAUGUACAGCCCACUCAUUCCUUUUUUUAUUACAGGUAUACACUUAUCCCUUUUACAUAUCCAUUAUGAUCACUAUCACUUGGAACAUUUUGCAAAAAUAUCAUUAUGUAUAUUUUAUU